AUGGCUUCGUCCAACACCGAGGCCCAGGCCGAGCUCAUCAGCUCACUGGCACCCGAUGAUAUCCCAAUCAAGCUGCGAUGCGCCAUCUGCAGCAAGCUCGCCGUGAAUGCCUUCCGGCUGCCUUGCUGCGAGCAGGCCAUCUGCGAGACCUGCCAGUCCAACCUGCCCUCGUCAUGCCCCGUCUGCGAGCACUCUCCACUGUCGGCCGAAGAUUGCCAUCCUAAUAAAUCGCUCCGAACGACGAUCAAGGUCUUUUUGCGCACAGCUGAGAAGAAGCGAGAAGCUCAGCGUGCCAAGGAGGCAAAGGAAUCCGCGCCCCCGACCCCGAUUGAAGCUCCCAAGCCGCAGAUACCCUCGUCAGAACAGGCUGUACCUGAGAGCAGCGCCGUCAAAGCGCCGAACGGAGAAGCGCAGCCUAGCGAACAGCGAGACCCCGCGCCUAAGGAGGAGUCAGAAAAUGCGCUGGCUCAACCAACUGGUUCGACCGAACAGACUGCCGAGUCCGAGACUACCGAGCAAGCGAACAAGAACGACUCUGCUCUAGUCGCACAGACUGAUGAGAGGCAAGGUCAGGAAAACGAUGGUCCCAAUGAUCAGGAAGCCACCCAAGAAGGCGAGGGAGACGGCGAGCAAGGAAACGGCGAAGAGCAGCAAAACUUCAACGCAGAUGCGAUGAAUGGUGGAUUCCCAAGUAUGAACUUUGGGCAAGGAGGAGGCGACUACAACCAGCAGAUGCAGAUGAUGAUGGCAAUGCAGAAUGGCAUGGGGUCGAACUUCAAUAUGAUGGGCAUGCCAGGAAUGGGCAUGGACCCCAUGAUGAUGCAAAACAUGUACAUGAACGGUGGCUUUCAAGGCAUGGGCAUGAACGGCAUGGGGGGCUUUGGAGGAGGGUAUGGCCAAGGCACCAAUAAUAACUGGAACGGAACACAAGCGUGGAAUUUCGACCAGAAUAAUUACAAUCAAAAUGUUCCUGGCAUGGGAACCGGUGACUUUGGGAAUUUUAACUCAGGAUUCCAGACAGGAUACAAUCAAGGCAAUUAUGGUCAUCAAUUCAAUGACUAUCGCCGCAACAACUAUGGACGUGGUCGGGGUCGAGGUCGUGGCCUUUAUGGCGGUGGUGGUUAUGGCUACGGCCGUGGUGGUUUCCAGCAGCAGCAACAGCAUGGCCACGCGGGUUUCAACCAGCAGCUUCAGCAAGGCCAGCAUAUGCAGCAGGGGAACCAGAACCCCCAGGACCAGAAUGAGGCUGGCGAUAGUAAUCCACAGGGCGACGAGUAUGGUCGUGAUGCUCGUCCCGAGGGCGCUAAGGAAGGCAGCGAAGGUGCUGCAGAGGGCUCUGGCCCAGGACAAGAUCCCAAUCAAAGUGGAGUGAGUUCUGAAGCCAGAAACCAGGAUCCCAAUGGAGUAGCAUCUCGUGAGGCUCCAGGCAGUGAAACGGCUGCUAGUGCAGCAGAGGAUGCCGCCUCAUCCAGUGGCCCUGGUGUGGUAAAUCGUCCCGUGCAGCCUGUCCCUGAGGUGCCGAUCAACGCGCCAACAGGUCCCAAGGCAAUGCGUCAAGGUCUGCCUAAUACCAGCCUCCAUAACUUGCGGGCGCGUGGCUACCAGGUAGACAACCCUCCGCGGCCCUCGUCCUCGCAUCAGCAGCAGGCAAGUCCCGCUCCCGAGCGAGCCCGUUCGAGAAGUAGAUCUCCUCAGCGUGACCGCGAGCGUGAGAAUGAUCGGGAUCGUGACCGUGACCUUGACCGUGAGCGCAGCAAAGAGCGCUCUAAUGGAUAUGACAGACGCGAUAGGGACGAUGAAGACGCAGAGCAGGACCGCGGUCGCGGCCGUGAACAGCGUGAGCGCUCGCCCUCUGACACUGUCUCAGGUAGUAAGAGCCGCAGCCGAAGCCACGGCCACAAAAGCUCACGGCGCCGGCGACGCCAUCGCUCCACUUCGGCCGACGAUGAGUAUGACAAUGACGGAUACCGCCGCAAGAAGCAUCGAAGCAGCCGCAAGUAUGACGACGACGCCGAGCACAACUCGUCCUCGAGACCCAAGGAGGAGAAGCCCUCAGAGCGAUCUCGGUCGGCAUCGCCUGACGACUCUAAACGGUCCGGUGGCCAUAGAGGUAGUCGUAGAGACAGAGACCAUGACAAACGCAGAGACCGAGAGAAGGAUAAGUAUCGCGACGAUGACAGAAAGAAGUCGUCUAGUCACAGAUCCCACCGUGACCGAGACUAUGAUCACUCACGACGGAGGGACAAGGACAGAGAGAGAGAAAGGGACCGAGACAGAGCUCGAGACAAGGACAACCGGAAAGACCGCAAGGAGCGUGAGCGGACUAGGGACCGUGACAGCGACCGCGAUCACCGGCAGAGCAACAGCGGCGCCGCCAGCAGGAAAGGCUCAACGGACGUAUCGACGCCAGUCGACAAAGAACCGAGACCUGGCGGCCCACGGGGCUUCGACAUCCGUGGCAGGGGCGAUAAUCCCUCCCGUCAGAACUCACAAGCUUCGGCCAGCGGCGGUGGCAAGUCGAUGCCUGUCAAGGACGUCCACACCUUGGAGCGAGAGGCCCGAGACCGAGAACGACUCCUCAAGGAAGCCCAGCGGAUUACUCGACUGGCUGGACUUGCAGGUUCGAAGCGCGGCCGUGAGGAUGACGGCGGCGACGGCGGUGGUCGCAAGAGCCGUAGGGGCAGCCGACGCAGCGAGGCGGUAGACGGUGGUGACGGAGAGGAGCGCAUGAGGCGGUUGGAGGCUGAGCGCGAAGGGGGUCGCUGGGGCUAA